AUGGCCCCAGGUAUCGAGAGUAAACUGGGAUCGAAGUCCACCAAGGCCACACCCUAUGCUGGUGGAGUGGCGACCCAGUUUCUGUAUACUCCGCUGACUUUCCACCCGCUGCCACCAGCGGGUAAAGCCGAUACUGCCGCUGGUACCAUUGCGGGACCGCAUGUCCCCGUGGCGCUUGUGGCCCGUCCCUCAGCGGAACGGGACGCUAAGCCAGCACCAGUACCCGCUCAAAGCAACAACCAACACAAGUUCUCGGUGGAGACGGACCAGUACGACCCCACCAGUCGCCCCUACGCGUGUACUUACCCCGAUUGUCAAUGGGCGUUUCUGAGACAACUGGAUUUGAGCCGCCAUUUGCGCUGCCACGGCACUCCCAAAUUCAAGUGCCCUUACUACGAUAUGGAGAUGCCCUGCCAUCGCAACGGAGGCAUGUUUACUCGUCUAGACGUGCUCAAACGACAUUUACGGCUCGUUCAUUACGUCAAAGACGUUAAGCACUUGAUGCCGGGAGAAGACGCUAAAACUAAAGAUUCUGGGUGGUGUCGCCAGUGCAAAAAGAUGUUCCCCAACUCGAAAACGUUUAUUGACCACUGCCACGACUGUGCUGAAGAGAUGAAUCCCGGAAACGGCGGUAUCUCCGUCGUGGCAACCAACCCGGUAUCGAUGGCUGAAGCCGCCGUCCACGCGGCCCAGCUCGCCCAGGCAGCCCAGCAGGCUGAGGCCGUGGCGGCGAUGGAGGCGGCGGCACCACCGGUGAUCCACGAGACCCCGACACUGGCGGUAGACGACCAAUUGGCCGAUAUCGACCACUCCAAACUGCUGGCAAAAACCACAGCGGUUGUUGACGAAACUGAGCUGAUAAAGCUGCCACCGGCUAAGCGGGCACGAAUAAAACGCCAGCGCUAG